GCAGCUCUGACAGACAUGGCGGCGUGCUCGCUAGCUGGCAGGAACACGGACUCGACGAUGGGUUUUUUAACACGGCCAACGAAACAUCGCUCGUGGAUAUGCUGUUUUCUCCUGGCGGUGUUUCUAACGUCGCCGCCGGCCUCGGCGAAGCUGGACAGCCUCCGAGACGUGACCGACGGGACGUGGGAGGAAAUCCUGACGGGCGAAUGGAUGAUUGAAUUCUACGCGCCCUGGUGCCCGGCGUGUCAGCAGCUCCAGACGGUGUGGAAGGAGUUCGCGGACUGGGGGGAGGACAUGGGGGUCAACAUCGCCAAGGUGGACGUGACGGAGCAGCCGGGUCUGAGUGGGAGAUUCAUCAUCACUUCACUUCCUACUAUUUACCACUGUAAAGAUGGCGUCUUCAGGAAGUACCAGGGCGCUCGCACUAAAGACGACUUCCUCAGCUUUGUGGAUGAGCAGAAGUGGAAAGCAGUCGAGCCGAUUUCAUCUUGGUUCGGGCCAUCUUCGGUUCUAAUGAAUUCAAUGUCCGCUUUGUUCAAGCUCUCCAUGUUUAUCCGGCGCUGUCACAACUACAUGACGGAGCAGCUGGGGAUUCCGGUUUGGGGGUCUUACAUCAUCUUUGGUUUGGCCACUCUGUUCUCCGGCCUUGCGUUGGGGCUGUUAUUGGUCUUCAUAGCAGAUUUUGCCUUCCCCUCACGGCGCUUUUCCUCUUCAGACUACUACCAGAAAAAACAGACAAUGGAGCAGGCGAGGUUAAUCCAACGGCAAGAGGACGAGCACGAGGCCGACGGCGAGGAAGACGACGACGAAGACGACGACGAGGAGGAAGAGGAUGAGGUCUGGAGGCGAAGGAGGAGAGGGUCCCCGGAGGGCCGCCCGGAACCUAAAGCGCAGGGUUUCUCCGACGAAGCUCUGAGGAAGAGGGUGGUGGGCAACCGUGAGGAGGAAGAUGAGGACGAGGACAACUAGAGAGCCGCGUGGUUCCGACUCGUUUGAGAAGAGCAUCGUGGAGUCGACGGUGGGAGGAGCUUCGGUCCCGAGCAGCAGUGUUUACAGCCCCUCCUCCUCACCUCCCCCUCUCCUCCCCCCGAAACGCCUCGCUUCUUUUCUUCUCCCUCCCUGUUUUUUUUUUUUAACAGGAACACUUGAGACUCUCUUUCCGCCUGAGCAGCAAGCUGCACCUGCAAACAGCAAAAAAAACAAAAACACUCCAGACACCCGUUUCCACCUGGAGACGAUGGCCUGGCCGAGGUUGAGGUAGGAAGUGCAGUCGAGCUGGUUUUGCCAUGUUGUUUAUGCUAUGCAUCAUUUUUUUUAAAGAUAUGUGUGUUUAUUAUGUUUAUCUCAAAAUUAUUAUACCAGGCUUGUGUUUGAGGUUUAUUUUGUCAGUUUUUAAUUACUUAAAAGCUAAUGUAUACAUUAUGUUAUUUUAAGUUUCAUAUAUAUUUUACCAAACCCUGACCCAACAUACAAUUCCUCAUUUCAGUGUUUAAUUGAGGGAAGAAAGAAAAAGAAAAUGUCACCAGCUGUUACUUAUAAUCCUUAAGAUUUUUUCUUCUGGUCGAUCUUGUCGACACCCGUGGUUACCGCGGUAACGGCACGCUCGCAUCUCGUUGCAUUCCUACCUGACUUUAAACCGAUCCGGUAGUAAAUCGGUUAUAUUUCGUCGAUGCAUUUCUCCCGUGACUCCUCCACAAUAAAGACACGAUACGAGUUUCUCCACCUGAAUGCUUUUAUUGUGAAGUCACAGCGAGCGGCGACUGAAUGCACCGAGGCCGGUAAUCGACCACGGCAACUUAAAUCCAGUACGGUCGUGGCGGACUCUGCCGCAAAUAAUUUAAUAAAAUAUAUUAACAAACAGGGUUUAAUUUCAUGAGGAUCUUCAGGACGAAACCUUUUUUAAAUCUCAGCCUCGUAGUUUCCCCCCCAGUCUGUUACGUGUGCAUCCCGGUGGAACAGGUGCAUUAUGGGGCGGGAACCUUAUUGGUGGAUGCUGAUAUUAAACAAAGGACCAUAUUCACUCCAAAUAAAAGGCCGGGUGAAUAUUCUGUAGAUGCUUAUCAUCCCCAUAACGUACCAAGCAAUCAGCCGACGGGGCGUUACGUUUAAUUUGUGUCUUAAUAAAGUUUACUUUCUCUAAUUAUUUAGGGCCGUUUCCUUAAAUAACCCAAAUGUGUUGUGGAGGACAGGAUUUGCAUCCUGUCAUAAAAUGAAAGAGGAACCAUUUCGGGGCCCGCUGAAGGGUUCUGAGUUGUUGGUCCUGUUGUGGACCAGAAAUAAUGCAGCCUUCUGUUUUGGACUCUGGCUCAAAAUAUCAAGUCAAACCUGAUAUUUUGAGGUUAAUCUACCUGAAUAAGUGAUAUUUUGUGUAGUCUGGUUUCUCACUAUAGGAUCUUGAGCAAAGUAUCAAACUUAUACAUAUUCUUUAAAUAUUAAUGCCGCUCUGAGCUCCGCCUGUUGCCUGCUCAGUCUGGUGAAGCAAGAAGGGGAAGUGUGUGUGUGUGUGUGACCAGUUUUAUUUUUAAUACAAAUUUCACUGCUGUCUUGAUUAGGCUUAUAACGACUGGUAUAAAUUUUGAUUUUUUUUUUCUUGCUGUUUAUUCCCCCUCCCUAAGAAAGCUGAUUGCUUAUUUUGGUGACGGUUGAAACUGGUGGUAGUUUUCUACCCGACGACUAACGGCUUGUAGCAUCCACACUUUACUCUGAGCUCCUUUUAUUGUUUGAACAUUUCUUUUGAAUAAAGGGUUAAAAAAAGUC